CCCCAAUCCAUAACCUCAACCUCAGAGGCAACCACAUCCAGGACGACCCUCACGACGACGACGUGACGACCACUCUUCAAAUCCGCGCCGCACUUCUCAGUCGCUGAACGCCUGUUCCAAUUGCCACUCGUUCGUGGCUGCGCUUGUUAGAGCUUCUCUCUGCAAACACGCAACACUACUACCUACCUACCUACCCAUUCUACUCCUACUAUCACUACGACUUCCCAUAGUCCACCGCAUUCCGACUCGCGGCGAAGCCUCGGCUUUCAUUCCUCUUCUCCCCUAAAUCAUAUUUGUCGUCCGCCCCUCAUCCAAGCUUUCCUUGGCGCUGCUUCAGCUUCCUCGACACUUGGACAUCCGCGAAAGUACGACAGCAAGACUCCAUCAUGGUGGGGAACAAACAGGUGCUAUACAAGUUGGUGGUGCUCGGUGACGGAGGCGUGGGGAAGACUGCCUUGACCAUCCAGCUCUGCUUGGAGCACUUCGUCGAAACCUAUGAUCCCACUAUCGAGGACUCCUACAGGAAACAGGUCGUCAUUGACGGUCAAGCAUGCAUGCUAGAGGUUCUGGACACAGCAGGACAGGAAGAGUACACGGCACUACGAGACCAGUGGAUCCGGGAUGGUGAGGGUUUCGUGCUAGUAUACAGCAUUUCAUCACGCUCCUCCUUCGCGCGCAUCAAGAAGUUCCACCACCAGAUUCAAAGAGUCAAGGAGUCGACCUCGUCGCCGUCAGCGUACCCAGGAUCUUCACCUCUCGCCGCUACCAACCCGUCCGCGCCUGUGCCAAUUAUGCUAGUGGGCAACAAGAGCGACCGCGUAACGGAGCGCGAGGUUUCCACACAAGAAGGACACGCUUUGGCGCGAGAGCUUGGCUGCGAAUUCACCGAAGCGUCGGCAAAGACACGCACAAAUGUUGAAAAGGCCUUCUACGACGUCGUCAAGCAGCUGCGAAAACAGCGACAGCAAGGGCAAUCAGCACCGCGCGCGCUACCGCCAUCAGGGAAUAGCAAGAGCGAAAAGUACAGUGGGACAGAAAAGCCCAAGCGUCCUCGUGGAAAGUGUUUGAUUAUAUGAGCGGUUUCGCAAUGGGUGUUGGGUCUUUUGGCAGGUACUGAUGAAACAAUGUCGCACUUCCUGCCUUGCUUCCCCUUCUGGGGCCCCGGGGGGCCGGCCGCGGCCCACAGAGCCAAACCCCGUUUUUCAACCCCCCAGUUCUUGGCGCAAAAUGCGUCGGGCGAUGCGCGAAUAUCCCCGACCCGGGACCCCUGAUAUGCCCCAACACGUACGGCCGGCACAUCAACUCGGGCGUUCUCGUCACAUACUUGCACUCAUUCGGGCUUGCAUCCGAAGCGACCACUCAUUACUGAAGAAAACAUGAAGAAAAAAACAAAACCAUGGCAAUU